AUGGCAACAGAGCAUGGCUCUCAGAGGGUUCCUGGCCACCAGAAGACCCCUGAAGGAGUUGUAUCUCCCGGGAGUGCUGCUGAGGGUCCCACCUUGACCAGAAGAAGGAGCAAGAAGGAGGGGCGACUGCCAGGGUCCCAGAAGGCCAGUUCUGGGAAGCAAUCCUCUGGCCAAGGCUCUGAGGCCUCAGGAAGCAGCAGGAAUGCCCCAAAGACCAAAGUGGGGCAGGGCGAGCCACUUUCAGCACCGCCCAGGCAAGCCUCUCACCGACAGUCCCACCGACAGUCCCACCGACAUCGUUCUGACCCCCAGCAGGAUGCUGCCCAAAGGACUUAUGGGCCCCUGCUCAACCGCAUCUUCGGAAAGGAUCGGGAACUGUGUCCUGAGGAGCUGGAGGAGCUGCAGGCUGCCUUUGAGGAGUUUGACACUGACCAGGAUGGCUGCAUCGGCUACCGGGAGCUGGGUGACUGCAUGCGGACGCUGGGCUACAUGCCCACGGAGAUGGAGCUCCUGGAAGUGUCACAGCACGUGAAGAUGCGCAUGGGCGGCUUUGUGGAUUUUGAAGAGUUUGUGGAGCUGAUCAGCCCAAAGCUGAGAGAGGAGACAGCUCACAUGUUGGGUGUACGAGAGCUACGCAUCGCCUUCCGAGAGUUUGACAAGGACAGGGAUGGACUGAUCACAGUGGCGGAGCUGCGACAGGCAGCGCCAGCUCUGCUGGGGGAACCACUAGAGGGCACUGAGCUGGAUGAGAUGUUGCGAGACAUGGACCUCAAUGGGGAUGGCACCAUAGACUUUGACGAAUUUGUAAUGAUGCUAUCUUCUGGCUGAGGCACCUGCAGGGCGACCUACUGCCCCUGAGGCCCACAUACCUGCGAGAACCAGACAACCACACCCU